CACAGACCCGUACGGCUGUGCUCGCAGCCCCACCUGUGCCGUUUACACCCCUGCCGCCUGCGUUCGCUGCUCACGCUUCCACUCCCAGGCGCUCCUGGGCUCUCACACGCUCGCAAGCUGUGUGCUCACACCGGUCUCGCACUGAGGCGCUCGGGCUGGCACUCACGAUGCCCCCACACUCAGCCACACGGAGGGUUAAAUGCAGCCUCUCCACUGCGAGGACUUUACUUCUUUUGUCCCAGCAGCCGUCGCCUGUUGCUGUUAUGAAUCCGUCUCUCAUGGGCGCACAUACCACAGGAUCGCCCUGUGCAGGGCUGCCUCCUGCUGCUUGGCACUCCUCUGCCUCCUUUUGCACACAAGUGCAGUGUGUGUGAUUGCCUGUUGUCAGACACACUCACACACAAGCCUGCAUGCUCUGCCACACACACAAGUGGAGGAGACACCUGGUUCCCGAUGACAACACUGUAGGGUGAUGACUACAAGCUUUAAGAGGGACUGCAGGGCUGUCUGUCUCACCACCUUCACCACGUAUUCAGGCCCAGUUGUGGCACCGUUUCAUUCUUUUCAGCCACUACACCACGCUGACACCCACUCUGCAGAGCCUUCAUGCACACAGCACUCCACGUGCACCCCAACAUUCACAGUGCUGUUUCUCACACGCACACUGCAGCACAGUCAGCACGCCUUGCUGCAGGAUGGGGCUGGAGGUCUCCCCUUCCAGUGCUGCCCCGUGUAACUCCAUGGUUAUAUGAGGCAGUCACGGCUCUGCAGCCCCCUACCCCAGCUUGAUGGAGGCUGAUGCACAACAUCCAUCCAUCCACCUGAGGCUGUGCUGCACCCACGUGCUGUUACUGCUGGCCCGAUCUCUGUUUGCUUACAGAGAAGCAGCUUACCAUCACCUUCCCCCCUGCUCCUGCAUAGCGAGUGCUCAGUUUGUUGCUGUAUGUCUCUGAGUGGCUUUUGUCCUUCUGUGGAAGCUCUCCGUUCUCUGAAAUUCAUGCUGUCUCUUGGGUUCCACUUUGCAGACUGUUGAGCCUGGUUCAUGCAUGCCUGCUGAUUUUGAGUGGCAUCGACCCUCUUAAAUGAACCUUCUUUUUGAAGCGCAAGGCUGGAGCCGUACAUGGAUGAAAACUUUGUUUCAAGAGCCUUUGCCACCAUGGGAGAGCUUGUACUGAGUGUAAAAAUCAUUCGAAACAGGUUGACAGGAAUUCCUGCAGGCUAUUGCUUUGUAGAAUUUGCAGAUCUGGCUACUGCAGAGAAGUGUUUACAUAAAAUCAAUGGAAAACCUCUUCCUGGUGCUGCACCGGUGCCUUCUGUAGUCACUGAGAAAGAGAGCAGCUUCUGCAAGAAGGCAAAGAGAUUUAAAUUGAAUUAUGCAACGUAUGGAAAACAGCCCGAUAACAGUCCAGAAUAUUCACUUUUUGUGGGAGACCUGACUGCUGACGUGGAUGAUGGCAUGUUGUAUGAGUUUUUUGUUAAAGUUUAUCCAUCAUGUAGAGGUGGAAAAGUUGUUUUGGACCAGGCAGGAGUAUCCAAAGGUUACGGCUUCGUGAAGUUCACCGAUGAACUGGAGCAGAAAAGAGCGCUGACGGAGUGCCAGGGAGCCGUGGGGCUGGGCUCCAAACCGGUGCGCUUGAGCGUGGCGAUACCGAAAGCUAACCGCAUGAAGCCAGCAGAGUACAGCCAGAUGUACAACUACAGCUACAACCAGUAUUACCAGCAGUACCACAGCUACUAUGCACAGUGGGGCUACGACCAGAACACGGGCAGCUACAGCUACAGCUACCCCCAGUAUGGCUACACACAGAGCACCAUGCAGACAUAUGAAGAAGUUGGUGAGGAUGCAUUGGAAGAUCCAGCACCUCAUUUGGAUGUCCAUGAAGCAAAUAAACAGUUUAUGGAGCAGAGCGAAGAGCUCUAUGACGCCUUGAUGGACUGCCAUUGGCAGCCUUUGGACACUGUCUCGUCAGAGAUCCCAGCCAUGUUAUAGCCUCGUUGCUGAGGCGCUGUCUGUGUGACGAAUCCGCCGGUGCUCUGUUACUCUGCAAAUGGAUCCUGCAGGAGUCAGGGGUGGCCCCUUUCCACUCAGGUCUGUUACUGGAAGUCCAGGAGGAGUGUGGUGUUCCCCGUGCAACGCCGGAGUGCCGCGGGAGCACCGUGAUAACUUCUGUUGGUGGUGGAAGUCGGAACUGCAGCGGUUUUAUUCCUUUUGUCUUGAAGUGAACUCUUAAUACUACUUGUAAUUUAUAAACUUGCAUCAGGAUGGCACAGGGGAAGGACUACUCCAACGUACAAUAAAGAAGUUGGUCUUUUAAGUAAAAUUA